AUGAGUAACAUUUUUGAUUUGAGAAGAAACUCAAAUACUCCAUUUCUUCAUUAUUGUUCAGCGUCAGAAGAAUCUAUCACCCCAUUAGAUACCCCAGUAACCCGUAUACAAACUAUUAGAAAGCCAACUAAAAAAAAUUCUAGUGAUAUGCUAACUUCUUCACAAUCAAUAUCAGCCUUAAAAAAUCAAAUAAAAGAAUUACAGCAAGAGGUAUGUGAUUUAAAAUUAAUAAAUGAAACAGACAGCGCAAAGAAAAAUAAAGAAAAUGAGAUUUUAAGUUUAUCGCCUAGAAAUUAUAUAGCAAAUAGUAGAACAGGCCUAACUGUUGAUAGUUUAAAGAAAAAUAGAUCGGAACCAAGAGAUACCUCCUUUUCAUUAAAAAUCAACCUAACUGACGAGAAUAUCAAGAGUCUAAGCGCCCAUAAUUUUCAUCUUUACCAAAUUCAUUGGGAAGUAUUUGAUCCAACAUUUCAUUAUUUUCAACGAUAUUUGAAUCCUUCGAACAUAAUUAAUAUAUCAAAACUGGAGCCUGCUCCUGUUGAUAUAAAUAAUCCAAAAAAUACUGAUGUAGUUAACUUGAUUAUUUGGUAUAAUAGAUUCAAAGAAAAUAUGAAGUCAUUAGGAUUAUAUACUUUUGUUUAUGUUAAACCGUUUAACUAUGCAUCAGCUAAUCCAAUUGAAAUUAAUGAACAUCAAUUCUUAAUGCAUUUUAUAUUACCCAGAAUCUUGCCAAAAAGAUAUAAAUUUUAUGAUUAUUUCCCAUUCCAUCAGGCCAUCAACGAGCUCCUAAUAUAUUAUUUACCCAAAGAUGUGCAGAGUACAAUUAUAAAACUUUUAAACUCAAUUAAUAUUGAUUACAAUUUUUAUUUCCCUGAUUUAUAUAGAAGAAUAGAAGCAAUAAAUGGGCUACAAUUACUCUUUGGAAUAGAAGACAUCUCUAAAGAAGAUAUAAUUCGGAGAAUAAUAAGCUCAUCUAUAAGAAACUUGUUUUGUAUUGAACCUAAAGUAAAAUUUUGGAGUGAUCAUAUUACCACAAUUUCAAUCAGUAAAAUAGUUGAAGAUAUACGAGAAAUAAUUGAGAUAACACCAAAGAAUUCGAAGAAAUCAUUUGAAAAUUAUAAUAGAUUCAAUAAUUAUGAAAAUUAUUUUGAUACUACAGUUGUAAGAAAAAAUAGGAAAAUUUCUACAAACAAAUCAUUUAAUGUCACAACUUCAAAAUUGAAUAAUAUCAAGAAAAGAAGAUAUAAAUCAAAAAAUAGAAGUAAGAAGCCUGUUUUAAAAAACAGGAUUAAUCCAAGAGAAAAGAAGCAUAGAAGAAAUAAUAUUCACUCUAUUUGUGAAAAGUAG